AUGCCAUUAAAGCAGGUCAAGUUCGGCCAGUACGAACGUCCCUUUGACACGCUUGAGCUCUUUUAUCGCGGCGUUGCAGCAACUGGCUCGCCUUUCCAGAAGGAACAGUACCAUAUAUCCAGUGUCAUUCAGCUUAAAAAUCUGCCUUCUGUCACACAAUUACGCCAAGCGUGGAAAGGGCUACGGUACCAACACCCGCAGAUCGCAGCUACUUCUGAUGAAACAAGUUCUCGGUUGGUCUACACGGUUCCGUCCCCAGAUAUCCUUGAAGAUUGGCUGCAAAUGACAUUUGCUGUGCACUACAACGAGACUCGCCGCGCUGAGAGUCUUGAUGCAGUCCUCCCUCAAUCCUCCCUAUUCAUGCUUCAUUAUCUACCACAGUCAAGGGAGUUAUUCUUCCGUACACCGCAUUGGCGCACCGAUGGAACAGGCAUGAUACUGCUACAGCACGACUAUUUGGCUCUGUUAGCUGAAGGUCCUCAGUCUACCCUGAAAUUUGAUGGCUCUGAGGUGUCACGCAUACCCCCAAGCUUGGAUGAAGCGGCUGGUAUAUCACUUGACAUUACGGACGAAAUGAAAGUGGCCACCGAAGCUGAGUUGGCCGUUAUUGCCAAUGGGACAGCGCCUUCUUCUAUUGUCCAGACUCUUCCGAAUACAACACCAGGGAACUCGCGCCGUCUAAGUACUUUUUUCCCCAAAGAACUUAGUGAGCGACUCAUCGCGGCUAGUAAGCUCCGCGGCCUGAAGGUGACAGCAGCUGUCCAAUCUGCCCUUAUUCUUGCUGUGCGGCCACAUCUAACUCCUAUGGACGGUCGCCUAGUCUGCUUCAACACAUAUGAUGUUCGCGAUCGGGUUCCGGCGCCUUGGAGUGGGCCUCAGGGAGCGACUGGUCUGUAUCAUACAGGCCGGCCCUGUAGCAUUGACUUGGUUGCCAACAAGGAUUACAAUACCAUCGCUACCACUUUGACUUCCCAUUACCAGCGCGAUUUAGAACCACUUUUCAAAAUUUUGCCAUGUUAUGUACAGACCAUCGGAUCACUGCUGGCAACACCGCUAGAACUAGCAAUCCAAGCACCAGGUGCCGCACAUCCCGAGCUGAGCUCACUUGGUGUUAUCGAAGACCGUCUGCCAACAGUUCAUGCAGGCCCCGCAACCACGGUGGAGAUUGAAGACUGGUGGCUAGGUGUUCAAAUUAUCAAUCGGGUUUUGCAGACGUACCUAUGGACGCGUGAGGGCGAACUACAUCUCACUUGUCAUUUCAAUGACGCCUUUUAUGAGCGUGAAUUUGUCGAGGGAUUUUUAGAGGAGUGGAAAGCCAAGUUAGUGGAGGAGCUGAUUGCCUAA